AUGGAUACCAACGGGUUUUAUUCCACCGUGCUGCACCCAGCACACCAGGUCGAGGCCGAAGAUGACCGUGGCCGACAACACCAGCGCGACACGAUGAGUGCAGGGAGCUCUGGUCCUCCACCUUCGUCUUCGUCAGCGCACCGACACCUUGAAUCCUCCUCUGCCUUCAGACUGCGAUCGCCCUCCAGCAGCGCCCAUUCCGACCACCACCACGGGCACAAUCCCAAUCCCAGUUCCAACCACAACCACAACGCUCCCCAUCCACCACCGCCGUCCUACACCUCGUCUGCCGGCUCGCACCAUCACCACCACCCUCAGUCGUCGCCCCAGCAUCUCCGAUCCAGCCUGCACGCGCCUGGCGGCAGCCCAUACAUGGCACAACAACAGCCGCAGGGCUCGUCCUCUGUCGGCGGGCCCGUGGCUCCCACGCUGCCACCGCCGUCGGGGCUUGCAGCACCUCAGACAUCAACGUCGCCGAUGGCUGGUGCAAGCCAUCAUCACCAUCCAGGUCCCUCGCCAUUGCACGCACCCUCGGGCUACUACCCUCCCCCGGCCUCAUCGGAUAGCCAUCGACACGCGCGCGAUAACAGUGGUAGCAGCAGUGGCAGCGCUGCCAAGCCCACGAGGAGCUUCUACGAUCCAACUACAGACUCGUCGUCUCACGAGCGUCGCGUCUCAGACUCGUGGCAGACCACAACCCCCAAGCUACUCAUCGCCAAAAUCAUCAAUUCAUCGCCCUCGCAGCCCUUUAUCUCACUCACACCCAAACCCACAUCGGGGGUCGUUAAGUCCGCCCAGCCGACAGUCACACUUGGCAUCGCCCGGCUCGAAGCAUGCAGGCGCGCUCAGCAUGACCUCCACGUCUAA